AUGGUGAACCUGGACGUGUACGAUGGUGCUGAUGCUACCUCAGAUAAGAUCUAUACAUGGUGGUUGUACGAAAAGUUGGAUAGUGCUGCUCCAAGAAUUUUCAUCGACUGGUCAACAUUUGUUGGUCAGAGUUCGACCAAAUAUUUACAAUACCAAAUCAACACUGGAUUUCCAAGCAAUGGUCACGGAUUGGCAGCCAGACAAGCAGUGCCCGCCAAUGGUUUGGACAGCGGCAACUGUUGGCCAACAGACAUCUAUCCAGCUUACAGGAAACCAGUGUAUCAACGUAAGGACUGCUGA